AUUGACAGUGAUGAUCUCCUGGACAACACAGGAGAUGCAGCCAGUGCCUUUUUUGAAGGUGCUGGGCUGCACGUACAAGAGCCCUCCGGCAACCACCUGAGCACCGAGCAGAGUCAGCCCACCACCAGUGUGGACCUCGACUUCCUAGAAGAUGACAUCCUGGGGUCACCGUCCAGCAACCUCCCCAACCCGGCCCAGCCCUGCGACAUCCUCCAGCAGAGCCUGCAAGAGGCCAACAUCACCGAGCAGACGCUGGAGGCGGAGGCCGAGCUGGACCUGGGCUCCUUCCAGCUGCCCACCCUUCAGCCGGUGGUGCAGACGGCCUCCGACGGCACCCCGCAGAUCUUCUCCGGCGGGGCCGACCUCAUCGGCCUGCAGCAACCCGCCGUCCUGACCCCCCAAGCCCUGGUGCAGCAAUCGGUCGGAGCCGACGUCGUCAACAAGGCCAUCAGUGUUCAGCCUUUCCUCCAGCAGGUCGGCCUGGGCAACGUCACCAUCCAGCCCAUCUCCAACCUCCAGGGCUUGCCCAACGGCAGCCCCAGCGGGACACUGGGAAUCGGGCCCAUCCAGGUGGUGGGGCAGCAAGUGAUGGCCAUCAACCAGUCGGCGCAGCAGAUCAUCGCCAAGCAGGUUCAGCCCUCCCAGGUGGCCACCAUGCCCGUGGGCAGCUACAUCACCCAGACGGCACCCGAGCAGCAGCAGGUCACCCUCGCCUCCACGGGGGUCUCUCCGCAAAGCGCCGGUCUCGUCAUCCAGAAGAACCUGCCGACGGUGGCCACCACGACGCUGAACGGCAACUCCAUGUUCGGGAGCGUCUCUGGCACUCAGGGCUCCCAGCCGCUCACCGUCACCUCGAACUUGAGCAGCCCCUUGGUGCAGGCCCAAAACGUCAUCAUUCACAGGACGCCCACCCCCAUCCAGCCCAAACCCGCGGGCGUCCUCCAGCAGAAGCUGUACCAGAUCACCCCCAAGCCCUUCGGUUCCAACAACACCACCCUGACCAUCCAGAACGAAGCCGCCCUGCAGCAGCAGAAGGCCCAGCAGAACUUGACCUUCAUGGCCAGCAAACCCGGGCAGAACGUGGUGCUGUCGGGCUUCCCCCAAGGGCUUCCAGCCAACGUCUUCAAGCAGCCGCCGCCGCAGCAGCAGGCCCUCAGCAAGCCCAUGAGCGUCCACUUGCUGAACCAGGGCAGCAGCAUCGUCAUCCCCGCCCAGCACGUCCCGCAGGCCAUGCUGCAGGGCCAAAACCAGUUCCUCCUCCCCGGGCAACUGGCGGGCGCCUCCGCCGUGCAGAUACCCCAGCAGCUCUCGGCCCUGCAGGCCAACAUGGGAGGCCAGAUCCUGACCACCUCCCACCCCGGCGGAAUCAGAA